AUGAGGAGCAGCUCCUACCUGAUGGAACAUCAGCAAUACCGGCCCCCGCACAAGCCUGAGAAUCACUACGGAAUUGAUACGGUUGUUGAGGACCUCCAGGCCGCAUCAGUCUCGCCUCGCGAGUUUUCGUCGUUCAAAGGGAUCCCCUCGCCCGAGAACCCCCCGAAGAUCGUCGAGAGCGGGCUGAGCCAUGAGCUGUCGCAUCCAAACUGCACGCCGCUGCCGGGAAGGCAUACUGACAGGCUGGUAGCGACUCUCUUCUACAGGUCAACUGCUCCUAGGGUCUCAAAUGUGAUCCCUUCGCCGCAGAAAGGCCCUUCGCCGCAAGGGGGACAGUCUCCUUCAGUCCGAGCUGCGGACUCUGAUAUCCCCCCAACUAUGGCCCCCAGCAGCAGCCUCGACAGUUUUCCGCUCGAGCCGCCUGCUGCCGAGCCUGAACCGCUGGACCACCUGUAUGGCUCCCACGUGUCGUCCAUGUGCAUCACGUCCUUCCUCCAUCUCCUGUCCACUUUCCCGCUCCCACAGGGCGUUACGGACUACAACUCAGCCCACCGCUGUCUCAAGCUCGACGGCGGCCAAGACCGCCACCCGCUGGUGGUCGAGCUGACCGUGUCCCCGGCGCCGUCGCUCGACUACCUCUCUCUCGCCGACCUGCGCAAGCACGAGCUCAUCUACCGGUUCGAGCGCGAGUGGAACGUCGACGUGGCGCUGCAGAGCGAUACGCUCUGGCGGCGGUACCCGCGUCUGGUGGUCUUUGACAUGGACAGCACCCUCAUCACGCAAGAGGUCAUCGACCUUCUCGCGGCCACCAUCAAGGACCCGCCCGACCUGGCCGCACGCGUCGCCGACAUCACGCACCGCGCCAUGCUCGGCGAGCUCGAGUUCGACUCGGCCUUCCGCGAGCGCGUCAAGCUGCUCACCGGCCUGCCCGCCAGCAUCUUCCACGAGCUCCGGUCCGUGCUGCAGGUGACCAAGGGCGUGCGUCCACUCCUCCGCGCCCUCAAGCGGCUCGGCGUCAAGACGGCCGUCCUGUCUGGAGGCUUCCUGCCCCUUACCAGCUGGCUGGCGGGCGAGCUGGGGAUUGACUACGCCCACGCCAACGAGGUGGUUGUCGACGAAGCCACGGGCCGGUUCACGGGCGAGGUGAAGGGAAGGAUCGUCGGCAAGGAGCGCAAGCGGGAGCUGCUGAUGGAGAUUGCGGAGAAGGAGGGCAUUCCGCUGGAGCAGGUUGUGGCCGUGGGCGACGGGGCGAAUGAUCUGCUCAUGAUGGACGCCGCUGGCUUGGGCGUCGCGUGGAACGCCAAGCCCCGGGUGCAGAUGGAGGCUGAUGCGCGGCUCAAUGGGGACAGCCUGCUGGACUUGCUGUUCCUGUUUGGGUUUUCGGAGGAGGAGGUCUCGCAGCUCAUUGCUUGA